AUGGCGCUCAAUGAAAAGGGGGGCGACGACCAAAUCUCUCCCAUCUCGUCGCACGCCCCGAGUCCAGCACCGCAGGAAACACAAUCUCCAGCACCAGGACAACCGAACACCAAAGAUUUCAACCACCCGAAUCUCGCAGCUCUCGACGACCUCCAGGUCCUCCCUAAAAUUCUCCGGGAGGGCAUCCUCUUCGUCGCAUCAGGCCCUGCACUUCUGCUGCAAGCUGCGAAACCAAGCGCAAGCCAAACCAGCAACUCCAAUCUCACCACUGAGCUCACCACAGCGUUCCAUGCAACAAUCACCUACAUUGCCUGCCUCGUCUUCGGCACGCGCGAGGAAAAGGCAGCGCUACUAGGUCGCAUCCGCCUCGGCCAACCACCGCUCCUCACAUCUCAGGGCCUCACACGGCAAGAUGCAGAUUCGCAGCUUUGGCUCGUCGCAACCCUCUACGCAACAGCGACAGACUUCUACCAGCGAAUCUACGGCACAGUAGACUACCCGACCGCCGAGGCGGGUUUCGCUGAGUUCUCGACGGUCCUGCGUCAUCUGACGCCAACUGUGUUGGCACAGGGGUCGUGGCCCUCAUCGCGCAACCAGUUCUGGAAGUACUGGGACGAGCAGAUCGAGGGCCUGCGUGUAUCCGACGAGGCGCAAAGAUUCGCAGCUGAGCUGCCCUCGCGCGUGAACGAGUUGCCCGGUGGAAUUAGCUACCUGAAACCGUUGCUCAGGCCUGUGACGAUCGAGAUGCUCCCCGAGAAAGUGCGGGAGGGGUAUGGGCUGCAGAGCACGGCUGGGACGAGGACGAUGUAUUCGACUACGAUUGGCCUGCUGAAGCCCUGUUAUCCAGUGCUGCCGAAGACGUGGAGAUCUUCUCCUGUGAAAUACUAUUUGGAGGAGCUGAGGAAUCAGAUUAAUGCGUAG